CACGACUUCAACCACGGUAUGGAAGCCAUAGGACAUGAUACCAACACCGCCACACACACCCCACCAUUUCACAUCUCUCAUCCUCUCUCCUACUUCACUUUUCCAUCUCGUACCAGACCAAAAACCGGACUUUUUCCCAUCCUGCCGUCAGUCGUCAGUGUACUUGCUCUUGUGGUGGAAAGAGAUACGGAAAAAAAGUGGUGAAAAAAUCUGAAUUUAGUUUUUGGAAAAUUUUAAAAAAGUGGAAAUAUUGUGUGGUUUUUGGUUAAAAUAGCCAUCAUCGAAGUGGACACAGUACGCGGAUUUUAAAUAAAUGAUACCUGAUAAAGUUACAAAGUAUAUGAAAUUUUUGGUGUAAAAAAGUGCGACGUUAUCGUCCUACAAAAUAAUCCUACAAAACAAUCCUACAAAAUUUGAAAAUUUCCGAGAAAGUUAAACUGAAAUAAAAAUUAGUUGGACAUAAAAACCAUGUCAGUUUCCUUCCUCCCCGAAAAUUAGUACUACCUUUUGUCCGACUUUAAAUGCAUAUUCCAUUCAAAAAUCCGCUCCUCUCGCAAUUAGCACAAGUGGACAGAGACAGUGACGACGAUCACGUUGACGUUGACGUCGAUGGUGACGUCGUCGAACGGGAGGAAGAAAGUCAUCUUAAUAAUCGACACGAGACUCAGUUUUUAAGAGGAUCCACCUUCUUGGGAGGGUUUGAUUUCGGUUAUUCGGGGGAAAUGGGGACCGAAAUUUUAGAAAAUGGUGGACACCACCACUUUCACCAGCAGCAGCAGCAACAGCAACAUCCCGGUGGUGGGGGUGGUUUAGGCGGUGGGGGUUAUUUUCCCCAGGAUUAUAUGGACUUUGCGAACGGUGGGGGCGAAUUGGUGCAAACGGGGAGUCCUAAUUUGCUCUGUAGUGCGUUACCGACACAUUGGAGGUCGAAUAAAAGUUUACCGGUUGCCUUUAAGGUCGUAGCCUUGGAUGAGAUUGAAGAUGGCACCCUUGUCACUGUCAAGGCCGGAAAUGACGACAAUUUUUGUGGCGAAUUGCGAAAUUGCACGGCCAUCAUGAAAAACCAUAUUGCCAAAUUUAACGAUCUCAGAUUCGUCGGGAGGUCUGGACGAGGUAAGGGGAAAAGUUUCUCUCUGACGAUCAUCGUGCAGGCGAGACCCGUUAUGGUGGCAAGUUACAUGAAAGCGAUCAAAGUCACGGUGGAUGGACCACGAGAACCAAGAACGAAAACAAUGUUUUCAUUUCCAGGUCACGGUGGGAUGUUCCCCCUCCUGGGGGCGCCAUGGCUCGACCCUGCCGCCGCAUAUAUGGCGUACAACUGGGAAUGCCUUCGUCGCCAAGAGGCUCUCCUCUCAAUCCAGCAUCAUCCACACCCGCCUCCAUCCACGCCGGGCGGAUCCACACCCCCAUUCCCGCCACCACCACUACCACCACAACUACCCAAACUACCCGGCUCGUCUCCUUCCGGCCCACUCGCCACCCUGGGUUCGCACCAUCUUCCCGACGGUUUCACGUCGCCACAUCCUCUCUUACGACAUGCCAACAUCCCACCCCAUUUACACCUCACAUCACCACCGAUGCCACUCCUAGGAACGUUCAGAUCGCCAAGUUCCACAUCUCCACAGAACGGAAGUGGGUCCAAUAGUUCACUAAAUAAUAAUAAUAACAACAAUAAUCACCAUCAUCGCCACACCCAUCACAAUAAUAAUAAUAAUAAUGUCAACUUACGCCCCAAGUCGUCGCAUAAUCACCAUCACCACCAAAAGUCAUCCUCCAGUCCUAGCAAUAGCAGCACGAUAAGCAGUGAUAGCGCUGGAAAUGGGUCGGAUGACGAUGUCGGGAAGGAAACGAAGGUCAAGUCCAUCCCAAUGACCGCGCCGACCGGAAAUGGUACCAAUAAUAACAACAAUAAUAAGAGUAUUAAACCCAAAGAUCUCAAUUCUGGUGGCGUCGGUCCCACAAAGAGUUGCACGGUCACAUCCUCCGCUCCAACGAAGGGGGUUUGGAGACCAUAUUAAAUAUAGUUUUAAACAAAAUAUAAUAUGUAAUUAACUAAUUUUAGGUAAUA